UCGCUACUGAGAUUGUCCCCUCCGUACAAUAUUUUCUGUAUUGCUACGUAGAAGAUCAGUGGGGACAAUCUCAGUGGCAAAACGGAUUGGCACAGCACAAGAACUGGCUAAUCAGAGGACUUCAUUUUACAGACCAUAUGAUAAAUAUGACUUAUAAACUUCGUCUUCGACUCAAUAAAGAAGAAUUGUCAAAACUCAUCAAGAAUGAACGAUCGUGCAAAGGUUCGAGCUCAAGAACCUCCCUUUCUUCAAACAAAAAGUUUCGGAAAAACUUGACGGAAUCCUAAGCUUCAAGAGAUUGCCUAAAAAUAGCAUGAUUUCCAAAAGAGGUGAAGGUUCUCCAAGGGAAGCUUAAUACAGGCAGUAUCAGCACGUUAUCAUAGUUACUACAACAGCGAGCAAAGGAGGCCACAACUCUGAGGUGUCAUCGCCCCCGCCAAGCAUCCUCAAAUUAGGGUUGUGAUGCAUAGUAUUUUAUUGUAAACCCUCGACACCUAUUAUUAAAUACUCAGAUUUUGAACGAAAAGCAGGACAAACUCGACUGGAACAAUCAAGAUGUCUUCUACACAAGAAUUAGACGAAAAUAGGGUGGACAUGCCAGAUAUGGUCAACAGGGAUCCUAAUAAUAUGAACUUCCACGCCAGGACCCUAUUCGAAGAUGUUAUUGGCGAGCCCGACGGAGCUCACAGUGCUGACUGUGUAUGGAAGAACUCAUAUGGAUGUUUCACAGGUGGUAAGAACUGCUGCUAUACGGUGCUCACAUAUGUAUGUGCCUUGCCUCUCGCCUUGUGUUGGGGCUGCACCUUUGCCUGUGUCACAUUCGCUCACAUCUGGCAAGUUGGUCCGUGCUACAGAGUGGUCCAGAUCAACAUGUCAUGCGCACAGAAAUUCUUCGGCACUUGUGUACAUUGCGUCUGUGAUCCAUGCUACGAAUCUAUGAGUCUUCUGUUAAGUAACAUCCGGGUAUUGUCGGGGAAUAGUACAGAGUUGAAUCAAUAUCAGGCUGGAGGUGGAGUAUCAAAGGAACUGGCGAAUCUGCCUGAAAAGUCUGAUCACAUUGCCUAA